CGCGCCUCGCUCGAGUGACGUCACACGCAUCUCAGGGGUACAGAAGUCCAGCGUGCAAAAUGAAAACAACUCUUGCAUAAACUUUUAUACAUUUAUUACACGAGUGUGGAGAACAAGUGCAGUCGGAUUCACAGUCGGGAAAGAUCAUGGCAGAGAAACCACAGCUGGUCAAUAAUUCACCAGAGGACAUUCAUACUGAUGACUGUAUGAACACUUACACUUACAUUUACAGUCCUGAUCUGCUCAUCAAUCAGGUGGCGUUUAUCACAGGUGGAGGGUCAGGUAUUGGUUUUCGAAUAGCAGAAGUUUUCAUGAGGCAUGGUUGUGACACGGUGAUCGCCAGCAGAAACCUGGAGAAACUCGUUGAGGCAGCCAAGAAGUUGACAGGUGCUACGGGCAGGCGGUGUUUGCCAAUAGUGAUGGAUGUCCGUCAACCCGAGACGAUUUCUGCUGCCGUGGAAGAAACCCUGAAGGAGUUCGGACGCAUUGACAUACUUAUUAACAAUGCUGCAGGUAAUUUUCUGUGUCCUGCUACAUCAUUGUCAUUUAACGCAUUUAAGACCGUAAUGGAGAUUGACACCAUGGGAACUUUCAACACCAGUAAAGUGAUCUAUGACAAAUGGUUCAAGGAUCAUGGUGGCUCCAUUGUAAACAUUUCCGCCACACUGGGGUACAGAGGCCAGGCGCUCCAGGUGCAUGCUGGGUCAGCAAAAGCUGCAAAUGAUGCCAUGACCAAACAUUUGGCAGUAGAGUGGGGUCCCAGUGGUGUGAGGGUGAAUACAGUGGCUCCAGGGCCCAUCUCUGGCACAGAAGGAUACCGUAGACUGGGUGGUACCCAUGCCGAGACAGCGGGGGCGUUUCGCAGCAUCCCGUUGCAAAGGGCCGGUAAUAAGACAGAGAUGGCACAUGCGGUUCUGUUCCUGGCCAGUCGUGCUGCUUCAUACGUCACUGGCUCUAUACUGGUCGCCGAUGGAGGGGCGUGGCUCACCUCUGCAAAUGACGUGGAACGGCUGCUGGGUAUACUUUCAUCUCGCUCUGCAAAACUUUGAAAAGAUGUGCGUGCAUUUGAAGACAGGCUUUUGGUCCGCAGAAACAAGAAAAGACAAAUAGCUUGACUUGAAAGAAUGGAUGAAAUAAACCAGUGGACCAGUUGACUAAACCUCUGCAUGUCUGUGCAUACGAUGAGUUAAGAUAUUGAUAAUGAUAUUAGAAACAAUUGAACUGUGCAUUCUCAUUGUAUAGCCAUUGUGUGAUAUUUCAACCAUGUUUCAUGUAAAGUAUUAUCAGUGUUGGUUAAGUUACUCUAAAAAGUAUUUAAUUACUAACUACUAAUUACACCAUCUACACUGUAAUUAGAGUAUUGUACUAAUUGUCUGAAAAGUAAUUACAUUACUUAUUACAAAUUACUUUCUAAAACCCUUAUCAACCUCGACCAGAUGAAAAAUACAAGUAUAGACAUGAAACUGUUCUUUUAAUUCUUUCAAGUAAAUUAUAUAAAAUCAAAUAAAUUAUUCAUGAAUUUAUAGGGGGCAGCAUUAAAUUAGAAAACAUAUAUUUUAACAUUAGACAUUACAUUUUAAAUUCACUAUUGUUUUAUAUAGAAUUGUUCAAUAGUCUAUUCAGUAUUUAACACCAUUACAUCAGAAGUAACUGUAAUGAAAUUACUGCAAAAAUUAAGAGUAAUCCCUUACUUUUUUUCACUGAAAAAGUAAUUUAAUUUAGCAAUACACCCAACACUGAGUAUUAUAGAUCAAAAUGUUGAUUUUACUUGUAUCAUCCAUUGUAACACUACUUUUAAAUGUAAUAUGAUUACUGGUGUAAUUGUCUUUUUAUUUUAAUCAACAGUACAUGUAUAAUUUUUUAAUAAAAAUCAUGCCUCAUUGUAUUCUCAUAUAUAUAAACCGUUUCCGU